AUGCGAGAGCAGGGUAUUUUGUUUGCAGUGGUCUGCACGCACGUUCCUUCCAAACGACGAAAAGAAACGGUUCCUUGAGCUAUCUAGGGCUCCAUUCCCACUCUGAACUCCCCAAUGAUUUGUUGAACUAACCAGAUUCUGUUCGAGUUCUUUGUUUUCUCUGCAUUGUAUUGUAAUUCCAUGGAGGAGUCUUCUUACACCGGUCUUCCCACUAGCCACUUGCUCGGUUCAGUUCCUGCUGUGAUAACUGAAGAUAAUAAUACAACGAAACAUGUGGUCACUGAUGAGAGUAUGCAAAUAUUCCCUCCCAACAAUGGUGGAGACAGAGGACGGGGAUAUCAAACACUUGGCAGUCCUACUGAAGCUUUUGAACAACAGCCAGCAAGCAACUGGAGGGGAGUCUUUAGUGUUUCAUCUUACUCACAGUAUUUCAAUGUAGAUACCGAUGUUGUCCUAACCAGAUUGAUAAGUUCCUUGAAUCCAGUUGGUGGAGACUUUUUCAGCAAGAUAGAUGCUAACCCUGAUUUAUAUGGGCUUAUAUGGAUCUCAACUACAUUGGUUUUUGUGCUUGCCUCAAUUGGAAAUUUGGCUACAUUCCUUAUUCAAAAACAUGCAGAUAACAGUACCUCUUGGAGCUUUGAUGUCAGCUAUGUGAAUAUGGCUGCUUGCUCUAUCUAUGGCUAUGUGAUAGUGGUCCCAUUGGCAUACUACUUCUUCCUUCAAUAUAUGGGUUCAAAUGCUAGCCUUAUAAGGUUUUGGUGCAUGUGGGGAUAUUCCCUCACCAUUUUCAUCAUCUCCUCUUUUCUGUUGAUAAUUCCAGUUGAGAUUCUACGGUGGUUUAUAAUAAUCAUUACUGGUGUUGCCUCUGCAAGCUUUGUUGCCUUAAACCUGAGGUCUUACAUAGAGGGCAAUGAACUUUCAUUGGCAAUUUUUGCGGCAUUUUUCUUGCAAAUAGGUUUGGCUGUCUUCAUCAAGGUUUGGUUCUUUGCGUAGCUAAAAUGCGUUGCAGUAGUGAAGAAUAAGACCCAAACACUACCAUUGUUAGCUCACUCCAAUCGCUAACACCGUUCAAAAUGCGAGUGGAGUUGUUCCGCAGCAGAAUUGGUUUGUCUAUUCUGGAUUUACUAGAAUGGGAGGGAGAAGAAUUGCAGAGAGUUGUGCAAUUUCUGUAUCAGGUCGGUCUUAGUGUCCGUAUCAAUUUGGCCUAGAGUCUUGGGAAAGGGAUGAACAAUCAUUGAUUGUGGUAUUUGCGCAUGUUUGAGCUUCUGCAUAUAUUUGUGUAAAUACACUGAGUCAAGUAAAUCUUUUUUGGUUUUUUUAAAGAAGGUAGAUGUUUUGCGUGAAGCCAAGGGUUUUUCCUGUAUUUGU